CUAUAAAAGCCGCGCGCGCCCCUCCGUUUCGGCAGUCAAGUCGGACUUCAGCAAACCGUCGCUCCUUCUUCACUUUGCUUUUACCUCCCUUUACUUCUCUUGGAGUUAACCCAGACUGAAUUGUACCGUUUUUAAACUGACAACGUUUCUUGUUUUUAAAAGACAAAAGGAGUUAAAGGACAGGGGCGCGAGGUUGAAUUUAGUCUUCGUCGCCUGUUUGAAUUUGUUCGUGUCUUUUUUUCCACCCUACGGAACUGAUAUAUACGUGACAGUAUGAGACUCAUCCACAACAUGUCGACCAUUGCGGAGUACACGGCCCCCGAAUACCCGGCGCCGAACCGGGUCAUCAAAAUAGCCGUCAUUGGAGGUAGCGGAGUGGGCAAAACAGCUCUGGUGGUGAGGUUCCUAACGAGACGCUUCAUUGGAGACUACGAACGAAACGCUGGUAAUCUGUACUCCAGAGAAGUCCAGCUGGAUGGAGAGCAAGUGACCAUCCAGGUCCAGGACACUCCCGGGACAGAGAUGAGUGACAAUGGUAUCAGCAUACCUGACCAUGUGACCUGCUCCGUCCAGUGGGCUGACGCGGUGGUGCUGGUGUACUCUGUGACUGACCGCCGCAGCUUCGACCUGAUCGACCAGCUGCACCAGCUGGUGGUCCGGAGCGGGGCGGCCAACAUGCCCCCGGUCAUCCUGCUGGCCAACAAGGCCGACCUGCUGCACCUGCGGCGCGUGGACUCCCAGCAGGGCCCCUCGCUGGCCGCCACGCUGGGCUGCUCCUUCUACGAGGUGUCGGCCAGCGAGGACUACAGCCAGGUGCACGGGGCCUUCCACAGGCUGUGCUGCCAGCUGGCCAAGCAGCCGCCCGCCCCCUCCGGCCCCUCCUCAAACACGCCCGCCGCCGCCGAGAAGAGGCGCUCGCCCCUCAUCCCCCGCCCAAAGUCGCCCAACAUGCAGGACCUGAAGCGGCGCUUCAAGCAGGCGCUGUCGGCCAAAGUGCGGACCGUCACGUCGGUGUGAGGCCGGGCGCUGACCGACACCGGCCCAGCGUGGCCACAGGGCAUUGAGGACAGAAGGUGAACACUUCUCCACUAAAGUCCCGUUUCAGUCUGGCUGAAGGACGCCAGCCCCAGGUGGGGCGGCCGCACCUUUGGCAGCGAGUUUACGGCGGUCAGCGGCCUCUCCGCAGAGAGGCCCGGGGUCCGGCGGGGUCCACGCAGCGGUGGGCUCCAGCUGCUCACGCCUGAGGGCGCAGAGCCAGCCCACCGAGGCUGCACAAACCAAAAGACUGAUUUAUAAAGGAACUCUCCCGGCAACAGCGGCUCUGAAGGACUGCUUAUUUUUAGCUGCGGGUUCUAUUGUUGCUCAGUUCUGCAUUCAGACCGCCUGGCUCUGCUACAGGUUUCCACCCACAGCCGAGUGGUCCGCACAGCAGAGCGCAGCGUCUGUCAGUAACUGGUUUGUGUGUAAAUAUGUGUUAUUAGCAACAUUCCGAAUGGUCACUGUACAUGGUGAGUUUUGGGGGGGAGCGGUUGAGGGGGGCAGCAGACACAGGAUGUAGCACGUGCUUACGAUCACUGAUGCACUUUAUAUAUAAAUGUAUUAAAAAAAAGAAUAGUCCAAAGGGCUUAUUGGUAUUUAUUUGUCGCAAAUUCACAUGUCAUAAUAAAAUGAUGACUCGAACUCAAAAGUCUUCCGUUUCGUUUCUCCCCCCCCAUCUUUUAGCUGGAAUCAAAAGAAAUUUGGAAAAAAAAAAGGUGCAAAAGCGGUAUAACGUAAGACUGUUUGGAGCCUGUGCGAUGUCCUUGGCUCUCAGACUCCCCGUGUGCAGGAUGACGCACGCAGAGCGGGGCUGAAUAAGGUGGCGCUUAUUCAAGAAAAUAAAAGCCUGGACAACAAUGCGGGCAGCAAUGAAUAGCGCCUCGACAAUCGAGGGAUGACUGGUAAGGCCGCUUUUUGAGUCUUGUGAUCUGACUAAAGCUAAAAGCUCGACCUCACAGUAUCAAUUCAAUAAAGGUAAAAAAAAAAAAAAGAACGUGGAGUUAACGCUACUGAAAGGUUUUGUUUAGCUCCCACAAAGCUAACCUUGUUUUCUCAGAUUCUUCUAAGGAAUGAAAAUCCCCUGAAGUUAAGGAGAAAACGAGGU